AUGCCCCCUUCCACCGUCUUCUCAUAUUGGCGCAGAGACCGAGACCAUCGCCGCUCGACCGCGCCACCAGUCUCCCUGCCCGCACCGACGUCAGGAAACAAAAGCACGACGGACAGCCCGAUCAGCCCUCCCCAGCUUCCCCAGAUCCCUGAUACUCCGACCCUUACCUCCCCAUUCGGCGACAAGCAAACACUCGAUGCCCCUCCGUGGAGCGAUUCACCUGUGGAGAAUGACGCGUCCAAGCUGAACCUCGACAGCUCUGCAGCUCCAUUGUCCUCCUCCGCUAGCCUCGCUGUUCCAUCCCCGUUGGCCGAAAGAGAGAACCGCCCAUAUUCGAGUCCGGGAGAGCGCGAGCCAGAGACAGGUCUUACAUCACAGCCGAAUACCUCGCAACUCUCAGUCCCUGGCUUACGGCCUGAACAAGAUGAUGGCGAGUCGAAUUCAAAGCCGAAUUCGCCAUUUCGGUUGUCAUUUGGCAAGGGAUUGCGAAACUUUCAGGCGCCACCAGCGGAACCCCAGAGACGGUCACCCAGCGCAGGGCCAGGACCGAGUCAGUUUCGAUUGAAGACCUCGCCCGACGAUUCACCAGCCGAGAGGUCAUUCAUACCCCAGAGAGAGUUCAGUAAAAUGGAAGUUUCUACAGCUCGGCGACCGGUUGAUCGUGAUGUAUCGACUGAGAAUUCUCACAAGUCUGGCAAGGCGAUGCUUCAUCUCUUGAACCCAAUGUCACUUCUCGCUCGCAGGCGAUCCUCACAGAUUGGCAGUUCACGUGUGGACGAAGCGAAGAUCAGUGCUCCAAAUUCAAUACCCGCGAUUCCUGAUGACUACGACCCAAGAAUUCGCGGAAAUAUUGUGCAUGACUUUUCGGCUCCGCGACCGCGUCGCAAUGUAUCCUUCAACAACACAGCUGUUCCACCUGAUGACGGGAGCAGCAGCUCAAAUACGCAGGAGCAUAGAUGGAAUGAUAAGCCCAAAAGGCAUAGCGAAUAUUCCCCAGUGUUCAAGGAGCACUUCGAGGAUGACCGGAAGGUAUUACAGGUGGAAAAUAAGGGCUAUCUACAGUCAAGCCUUUUGACUAAUCCUAUGCAACAUGGUUAUGAGAAGUCAAUACCGGUUUUUGCACGGAACUUGCCUUCAUAUUUACCGGAUCAAUCUCCUGAGAACGCUGAGCAGAGCAUAUCUCCACCAGCGGAGCCGCCUGUUGAGCUCCCAGCGGAAGUGCCCACAGAUGUUCCUUCUCAUAUAUCGGAAGACGCUCCGCCAACUCAUCAGCAGGACCACGACACAAUUCCCCAUGUACCCCAUCCGAGCGCUGCCUUGCCUCGACAUCUCAAAAGUAAUGCUUCUCGCUUCAGCUUCGACAUGGGCGGCGUCGAAUCUUCUACCCAGGAGAAGCUGCUUGAAGAGAAACACAAGGCAAAGGAAGCCCAGCGCAAGUUGGAAGACGGGUACUUUGAUGACUUUGAUGACGAGUUUGACCAUGACAUCAUGGAUGACUUUGAUGGGCUCGAGGAAAAGAUUCCAGGUGUCAAUGCCGACGCCGACGAAGAAGAUUACUUGGCCCCGUCAAUUGUCAAGUCUUGGGCUGUACCCGGGCUGUCGCCUGUUGUUGCGAGUCCAAUCACACCUGCCCCGCCUGAGAUUCCCGAAGGUUUUAUGGGCACCGUUCCUACUGCCUUAGAUGAACAGGUCGAUCCAUUGUAUCAAGAUGAGAUACUUCAAAAGGAGACAGAUUAUUCUCCUGAUGAACCGGAAGAGGUGCAACAGCCUCUUCCUUUGAGCGUUCACAGGCCUGGAGACAAUCCCAAUACACUACCAGCCAUGAACGCAGGUCCUCCAGUACUGGAUGACGAUGGCGACGAUUUGUAUUUUGAUGAUGGAGAAUUCGGGGAUCUGACCAUGGAAGACCAGGAUGCCGGCUUUGACGAGUCUGUCUUUGAUGAUGAGACUAGUCACCUCUAUGAACGGAAGCCGGUCAACCCACCACCGGCACGUCAGACCUCUCAGAGCACCAUCCGCAGUGGUGAUGCUCUAGAAAAAGAGUUUCUCCUCGAUGAGGCCGCUAGCCAGGGACUCAAGCAUAUGCCUAGCGUUGCAAGUGAAUACGGAGUUGGCCCGGUCAAGCGUGGCCCGCUUGGUGAGCCUAUACCCAACAUGGGGCCUGCUCGGGCUCAUGGGGGAGUGCUUACUGAGCGAAACCUGGAGGUGCUGCAUAAUGCGCUGGCCUUUGCCGCAAACGAAGCUGCUACGCACGGCCGGUUUGAACGUACUUUCAGCACGAGCGAUCGAUCAAUAGCACAGGAGAGUAUCUCCCAGGCGUCGCACACGGCCGAAUCACAGCCUGGACUCGUAUCGGAUGACAGUCGCCUUAGCCAAGGGGCCGAUAUGGUCGGCUUCGACGAUUACCUCGAAGAUCAGAUGAUCUACGACGACGAUCCAUAUUACGAUGACCCCAUUGUUGCUGCUGCCAAUGCCGAAGCGCUUGAGAACGACGAUGAAGGCUUCUACGGACAGGAGUUUGGCUUCUACGCCCAAGCUCACGGCACUUGUAGCAGUGAAAUGACCAACGGCGGGUACUUCGGCCCGCGCGGCGUCGAGGGCAUUACUCGCCAUCACAGCAGUCGAGGCAAGUUUCAAGAACCUAGCCUGACUCCGAUCACCGAGCGCAGUGAAUGGAGCACUCGGAAUUCCGUAAUCUCGUUGAAGGCACAUGGUGCCGCCCUUUCCAACCCUUCUCUAGCCAGCCCUGGCUUGGCACAGCUCGUCGACCUAGGCAACUUGGACGACGAGAUGUCACUGAGCGCCCUGCUGAAGCUACGCCGUGGCGCCUGGGGUGGCAGCAAUGGUAGCUUGCGCAGCAGUGCAGGUAGUCCGCCGCCCCAUACCCUUUCGUCGUCCAACCGGGGUAGCUUCAUUGCUGCGUCGGAGGCGAGCCCGUCUGAGGCACGACCCUCUGCGGAUGAAGGCCUGGCAAGCAUUGGCUAUCAUCAUGACGAUGGCCAUGUAUAUGCGACCUCACCGCUUCGAGACAGUCUUCGCGGAUAUCGCGGCGAGCUUCCGCCGAGCGGAACGGAUGGUCCGAUAAGCAGCGCCGACUCCCAGCAUGAAGUGCCGAUGCUCGGCACUCAUCAACAUCAACAACAACAAUCACAACCAACACUACAAUACGCCAAUGUUUUGUAA